CUCUCCGGCUAGAUUGUGCGCGAGUAGACGGCAAUCACACGCCGCAUCACUCCGUAGACAAGCGCCAGAGUACGCAUUCGUGCACGCCACCAGCUUGCACUUGAACAACACCAUCAAUUCGCAUCGGUCUGGACAGAGAGCACAGUGCAGUGCAGAGCUGCAAGAUGGCUGAACUCGACGCCACCGCCGUUUCAAUCGAGAAAAUUCUCGCCGCCUGCACCGCCGGCGAUACCGCACGCGUGCGGGACCUCUUGGAUGCCGGUGCACCCGCAUCAGCGCAAGAAGAAUCAACAGGCGAGAGCGCGCUCAUGCGGGCGGCAGCAGCCGGCAGCGCCGAAAUUGUAGCAUUACUGCUGGAGCGCGGCGCGCCCUGGAACGCGCUCGAUAGAAAAGGAAGGUGUGCCGGCGAGUUUGCGGUGGAUGCGCAGUCGCAGGAAUGCGUCGACCUCCUCGUGAACGCGGGCGUCCGCGCGCAGCUGCUGUUUGGCAUAUUGGACGGCGGCGCCUCCACGGAAGACCGAUCCAGCGAAGAAUAUCUGGCGACGACGGCGUCGUUCAAGGACGCGGACACGCUCGUCGAUGAUAAUGGAGACGCGGUCAUGAUGGAGUGGGAAACACCCCUCAUGGCCGCGCACGCCGACGUCUGCGUCGGGGCGUUUCCCCACGAUGCUUGUGGUCACCUGAAGGAUCGGAAUGACUUAAGGGUGUUGAACGUGGGACACGGUUUAGGCAUCGUCGACGGUUUUUUGCGGAAUUACGCAUCUCGAAUCGCGGCGCAUUGUGUCAUCGAGCCGCACCCGGACGUCCUGAAGCGUGUAGAUUCUCAAACGGAGAAGUGGGCGGGCGUUACUUUUAGACGGGAGACGUGGCAGGAGUCUUUGAGGGAUGAAAAAUUCGGGCCCUUCGACGCGAUCUUCUUCGACACGUACGCGGAGCGCUACGAGGACAUGCGCCAGUUUUUUAGGGCGCUGCCGCGCAUCCUCGCCAAGGGCGGCGUCUUCUCGUUCUUCAACGGCCUCGCGCCCUUCAACCCGUUCUUCCACGGCGUCGCCUGCGAGUUCGUCAAGUGCGAGCUCGAUUCCAUAGGAUUGGACUGCGACUUCGUCCCGUUGCAAGUCGACCAAUCCGCCCACGACGACAAAACGUGGGACGGCGUCAGGCGGCGCUACUGGCGCUUCGACGCCUACCACCUGCCCCUCGCGUCACAUAAAACAACAUAGUUAUCUC